UGCUGCGUGGAGUUUAAAGUCCAAAGUUGGAUGAGUAUACAAUUGCUAAGGUAUAGUUAUGAUUAUUGAUCGAGCGUAGGGAUUUGUGAAUUACCUGCGCUCUUCCCAGAUUCCUAAAAAAUUUGAUCAACAGAUACAUAAGUACCUUCUACCUUGACUACGUCAUUGCUGCGUGAAAUUUAACGUUCAAAGAUGAAUGUUUAUAUCACUGAUGAACAGAUGAUUCUCAGAAUUCUACAGCUUCCACCAAAUGAAUGAGUUAUGUCCGGUAGAAAUACUGGGAGCCAGUACCGGAAUGUGAUAUUUACUGGGCAAAUUGCGACAACUUAGAAUUACGAACUGUGUCUUCUGUUUAAUCCUAGUGGUGGUGAACUCAUGGAUAGUGCUAAAUCUACAAGACCAUUCCGAUCACGAUUACACAUUCGAAUUGUUCCGAAUCUUGAACAAAAUGGGCAAUCAUGGGGCACUAGACACCAACGUAGUGCUUGUGCUCUAGAUCUAUAAAUAGAGGGCAUUCUGUAGGAAAAACUAUCAAAUCAAGAACAGCAAUACAAAUCAGAUCCUGUUGCCAUCAAUCGAACCUAAAUCAUAAUGAAAUUAUCUAUGAUUGUACCUCUUAUGGCCUACAUGGCGGUCACACACGCCAUGGAGACCACAGGCAAUGCUCCCGUACCUCACACCCAUGAACCAUCCAAUAACGAUGAAUAUAACACUCAGUUUCUGAUAGACUACCUGAAUGAGCAAUCCGGAGGCGGCAUUGAUAUUCAUCGACGUGAGGUGGGAAGUAGUCGAGCAAGAAGGGCGCCUAUCGGGUGCUCCAGCAGUGCCAUCGGUGGCAGUUGCUCCAAUUGCAACGGCGGCGGAUGCAGCGCUUUUAGAUGCAGUGCAUUCACUCAAUGGUCGUGUCCCUCAGGUUACACCCACUGCGGAUCCGAGAUAUGCCAGGGAGGAUUGUGUGCUGGCAAGUAUUGGUGUGACAAGAACUAAGUAAUACGCUUUGGAGCAAGAGGGAGGUGUAUAAGUUAGACGAUGAUCUAUUCGGUGUUUGUUCGGCCCGUACACGCAUCACACUUGUUUUGCCUGCUACUGCAUAUGGGUACCACUGGUAUCAAUUUCUUAAGGCUGUUUUUUAUGUUUUCCUACCUUUGCGGGGAAAAGAGGUGAACAUUAAGGUGGAAUACAUAAUAAACAGUUAUCAGAUGUAGUCAAAACUUUAUAUGAAAAGUUACUUUGAAAUUG